UCUCCCAUCUUGUUUGGUUAUAGCACAACUUUCCGUAGGAUAUGGCCUUUCUAACUAUUGUUAAUACCGUUACCGUUUUUGUACUUCACCUGCUAAAACCUGAACUGAAGAAAUGACUUUGUGUUGCUGUUUACUCUUUCCACUCUAAAUCAACAAAACUAAUUAAAUGAGCGUAAAUUUGUGGAGUGGGUUUGAUGAUACGGAUGUCCUUGCGGUUACUUAUAAGUUUUAGAAUAUGUAUGUACAUCGAAGCUGGUACACACUACUUGCUUACAAUUUUUUUUUCGUGGAACUCCUUGAAGUCCAAUUAUGGCAGAAAAUUUGAGGUGUUGCUAAGGCUUCAUUUAUUUGACAAAACUGCCUAUUGAAUACAUUCGCUGCUGGAAAUCUUGUCAAAAUAAGACCAGUAAAACAAAUGCCCUUGCAUCAUAAUCAUAAUCAUUUUCAUUGGACACUAUCUAGCGUUAUCUUGAUUAAAACAGCAUAUUUUGCUGGAUGUCCUUUCAGUUGCAAAGAUGUUCGUCAAAGCUUUGGUUGUUUUGGCCCUGGUGGUAUGCAUGGUGCAAGCUAAGCCCAGCUAUUUGGAACUGAGGCGUCGCGUAGAGGCCUUGGAAGAGGCAGUACGUCCCAAAAGGUUUACAAAAUGUGGUCGAGAUGUAGUAGGAGAGUGCAGGAAAAAACGCGACUGCGAUCGCAAUAAUGGUUUUAUUACCAAGGACGCUCAUUGUGACACUUUUGGUGAUGUGUGUUGUGGUUUUUUGAUCUCUACAGGUGAGGCCGGCCAGCACGUUGAAGAAAAAAGCUCAAGUUGUUGUUUCUAAACGAAAAAUAAUAAACGAGGUUUUGUGUGAAGAAAAAA